GACGCAGAGAAAUAGGAAGAGUCUUGGUAGUGAAUUGUAGGGAGCGUGCACAAACAGGUUGCUCGGCGUGAAAACAUCCACGAUUGGGCACUUCCUCCACGACGCAUUCAAGAAAUACGAAUUCAGAUAUUUUGCCCUACAAUUUAUUUAAAUGCACGCGUAGUUAAAAUCGCGCCCUAAACAGCGACGGAUCUUCUCCGAAGGACAUGCAUUGAUGAAUUACCGCUAAGAUUAUAACUUUGAUAGUGUCAAGAGGGGGAUAUCAUCCAACGUGGGGGACCGGAAACCGGCCACAGCACCGCCAUAGUAUAGGAUCUGUUAAAGCACGUUUUUGAGCCGCUGAGCGAUGCGCCGACUGUCCGGUAGCGCCGAGCGUAUCGAUCCAGGGUCCGUUUUACAACAAAGGGACGCGAUCUGUUAAAUACCCGGCGUCGCAUUCGCAACGGGAGGACAACUUCAAGCAAAAGAAUAAAUAAAGAAAUCUAACUUAUACAACAAGUUACCAUCCGAGGAACAAAGAAGAGAGGAAAGGGGGAAAAGGGGGCACCAUGGAGCGCCCAGGGUCUGGUGUGCUGUCUAGGAGCCGAGCCAAGACGGGCAACGGAAGCAGUCAGCAGUCGGAGGAAGACAGCAGCGAUGAGGACCGGACACACGACAGCAUGAUCCGGGUAGGUGGGAACUACCAGGCCCAGAUUCCUGAGUACAAACCUGAUAGCCUGGCUCGCUACGCCGAGAAUGACCAGCGGGGGGUGCUGGUGUGGUCCCCCAGCUACCUGGUUUCGGAGGCCCAGUUGGACGAAUACAUUCUAAUGGCCAAAGAGAAGCAUGGAUACAACAUCGAGCAGGCCCUGGGCAUGUUGCUGUGGCACAAGCACGAUGUGGAGAAGUCCCUAGCCGACCUGGCCAACUUCACACCUUCGCCAGAGGACUGGACGGUGGAGGACAAAGUGCUGUUUGAACAGGCCUUCAGUUUUCACGGCAAGAGCUUCCACCGUAUCCAGCAGAUGCUCCCGGAUAAGCUCAUCUCCAACCUGGUGAAGUAUUAUUACUCGUGGAAGAAAACUCGAAGCCGCACUAGCGUCAUGGACCGACAGGCACGCCGACUGGUCAGCAAGAAGGAGAAAGAUGACAGUAAUGAGGCUGAGGAGGGUGCUGACGGGGGGAGCGACAGUGACUUCGAGGUGGAGGUGAAGAAAGAGGCCGAAAAACCGGCUACAGGGAGUAAGGUGGGAGGUGGGGACAGGGCUGCAUCCAGCCGGCCUGGUCCGCUACGAAAAGAGAGCCAGGGCUCGCAGUACCGGCACCAUCCUCUCCGAGCCCGCCGGCGCCCCCCCAAGGGCAUGUACCUCAUACAGGAGGACAUCAAUAUCGUCUCGACCACCACAGAUGCAGGGGCCCUGUGUCUCAAGCAGCUGGACGGCCAGCUGGUGUCGCUGAAGAGACGGGUCCAGAGCAUCAAGCAGACCAACAGCGGCCUGAGGCUCAGCCUGGAGGGAGGAAUUGAGACCUUGAGGCCAACGGAGUCUGUCCCCAAGAUCAACUCCCGCUGGACCACAGAGGAGCAGCUUCUGGCCGUCCAAGCAAUCCGACGCUACGGGAAAGACCUGGCGGCCAUCGCUGAGGUGAUCGGGAACAAGACCAUCUCCCAGGUCAGCUCCUUCUUCAUUAACUACCGACGCCGCUUCAACCUGGAGGAGGUGCUACGGGAGUGGCAGGCGGAGCAGGAGGUGCUGCAGGAGCAUCCUGGGGUGCCCGGCGACUCCAAGGGGGCAGCCGAGGUCGGGAGAGGUUUUUCGGGGGGCAACGGCAGCACAGAAGAGGAUGAGGUCCAGAUCACCGCAGAGUUCUCUUCAGCUAACAGGACACCCGCUCCUGUCAUGGCCGAUAGCGCCGACGGCACCGGCGUAACCCAGAGUGCACCUGCUCUGUCUCAGCCGCCCCCGCUGCUGCGCCCCGCCCCGCCAAGUCUCCUCCGCCAACCUCCGCCCCUGCAGACCCGCCCCCACCAGCUGCGUAACCCUCACAACCACCCGCCGCCUCCUCUUAUACGGCCCGCCAUGGCUGCUGCCCGUCACCAGGGGGGGCUCCGCAACACCCAGGGCUCUCUCCCCAGUUCCAAGUCUCCGUUGUUGUCCACCUCAGCCGAACAGCUACCACUGUCGCUGGUGGGGGUGAAGAUGGAGUCACCGCAGGCUAACUGAUGGGGCCGCCAGAUUUCUUCCUCUUCGAACCACACAAAAAAAACAACAGCCAACCUCAACCCCAUCGUAGGAAGAACCCUUGUCCUCUGCUCCCCAGAUUUUAACAGCUGUUGCCUCCCGACCCAUGACUGAGACAGAAGUGACCCACGGGCUCAGCUGACCAGUUGACCAAAUUGUAAGGCGCCUACAGGUGACCACAAGGAUCCAUUCUGAAACCAAACAGUGGUUUUACCACGCCCCAAGACCAUCCAACCAAAAUCCAUAUACACUGGAAUGUUGUGGCUGAUGAGGUGAACUGUGACAAAGGAUUUACUUGAUUGGUCCCAGGCAGAGUGGCAGGGCGACUCCAAACACGUUCUGACUGGCCGAAUGCAGAAUGGUAUCUAUGGAGACACAGCAUAUGUUUGUGGCAUGGCGACAUCAAUCCCUUGAUGAGUCGUCAAUCGCCGAAGAGCCAUGUAGGACUAGCGAUUUAAGACAAUAGUGGUAGUUAACCUGUAUUUAAGGGUUUUCCGGCUUACUAAACAGAGAACGGUGCAUGAGAUCAUUCUGAUCCCUUCACUUGGCUUAACUAGUCCCAUUACCAGUUAGUUAAUACCCACCCUUUUCUCUACAUAAACACUAAACAUACUGCUAUACACUUUUUUUAGAUGGGGGUACAAAAAAAAAAAAAAGCAGGCACCGAUAUUCCACAUAAUUCGGAAAAAGUAUUUUUAUAAAAUGCCACAGGUGUUUAAACCGGCGCAUGCAGUCCGCUGAUGGCUUGAAUUUGAGACCCGUUUUUAACCUUUUUGUCUAGAGUAGAACCAAAACACUAAAAGGAGUGAAAUUUGACCUGGACUAAACGAAACUAAAUAUGUAGACCUUACGAAACGCACACGGAUGCAGCCGGGCAAGCGUAGGAAGGAGUCUACCCUGUGCUGUGAACGGGUGCGGGAUCGGUUUUUGUUGUAUGUGGACUUGUCGUUCUGUUAGAACCUUAUUUAAAAUAAAAUACUGCAUCUUGUA